GGGGCGGCGGGCCUGAGAUUCUGCUGCCGUCGCGAUGCUGCUGGCCGUGUGGGGCUUCCUGAAGCGUCACAAAAAGAAAUGCUUCUUCUUGGGCGCUUUCCUGGGCGGGGUUUAUGUACUUGGAAAAUAUGGUCAGAAAAAAAUGAAAGAAAUCCAAGAAAGAGAAGCAGCUGAAUAUAUAGCGCAAGCAAGACGGCAGUAUCAUUUUGAAAGUAAUCAGAGGACUUGCAAUAUGACAGUACUAUCAAUGCUUCCAACCUUAAGAGAUACUUUGAUGUAUCAGCUGAAUUCUGAGAGUCUCACUUCCCUGCUGAAAAACAAGCCAGCCGAUAAGUUGGAAAUAUGGGAAGAUUUAAAGAUUUUAAGUUUUACAAGAACUAUUGUAGCAGUGUACAGCACGUGUAUGCUUGUAGUCCUCCUCCGAGUCCAAUUAAAUAUUAUUGGUGGAUACAUUUACUUAGACAAUGCAGCAGUUUGCAAAAAUGGCACAACACUUUUAGCUCCCCCAGAAGUUCAACAGCAAUAUUUAUCAAGUAUUCAACACCUUCUAGGGGAUGGUUUGACUGAAUUAAUAAGUGUGGUUAAGAAGACUGUGCAGAAUGUAUUUGAGAGUGUCGCUCUCAAGCAUGCACUUUCCCUCUUGGAUUUGGAGCAGAAGCUAAGAGAAAUUAGAAAGGUAAUUGAACAACCUGAAGAUUUUGCAUCUGAAGAAACUGCAUCGCAAUCCUGGCUAUGUCAUUACAUGAUGCCAGAUGAAGAGAACCCUUUAGCUUUCCAGGCCAAUGAGCUUACAGAAAAAGAUGUUGCUACCAUUAAAUUACUUAAUGAAACAAGAGACAUGCUAGAAAGCCCAGAUUUUAAUAGAGUUUUGAGCACUUGCUUAAACAGAGGGUUUAGUCGAUUACUGGAUAACAUGGCAGAAUUCUUCAGACCUACUGGGCAGGACAUAGGCCACACUGGCUCUGCGAACAGUCUUCCUAGUGCCAGUCUUCCUCUAGCCAAGAUAAUUCCAAUAAUAAAUGGGCAGAUCCAUUCAGUCUGCAGUGAAACACCUAGCCAUUUUGUUCAGGACUUGUUAAUGAUGGAACAAGUGAAAGACUUUGCUGCUAAUGUGUAUGAAGCCUUCAGUACAGCACAGCAACUAGAGAAGUAAACUGCUGUGCAAUAUUUACAGAAUGUACUAUUUAGUAUCCAGUUACUGUGACUCUUCAUUUUGAUAAUGAAACUCAUUAACAGAGUGCUGUAGAAUGAUUAGCCUUGCAAAACAAACACAUUUUAAAAAAUACAUCUCCAAGUUUUUAUACUGAAAUUCCUGCACCUGACUAAAGUAAAUAUUAGUAUAUUAAAAAAAUCUUUGUGCUGUAAGCCUUUGCAUUGAGGCAGUCAGUUUUGAAUAACUUUGUUUACAAAAAGGCAGUGCAAUAAGCACUGGAUCAACAGAAAGCUGCUGAAGAUCAAUGCCAGUCUUUACAAUUGCGCAGACAAAAACAGUAUGAAGGGAAAGCCAAGUCCAGUCUGUUUCUCAGAAUGGGGUAAGAUAAUCUUUCUCCAGUCCCUCUCCAGUUCAGGGACUUGUCAGUUGCAUCAAAACCCCAACAUGACAGCAGGCAGAUGGAAUGAAAAUAACCAAGUCCAUUUUUUCCCACUGGUAAAUGAGAAUGGCUUUUAGUUGAUGUUUCUCUCAGCACCAAACCACCAUACAGUUCUCUCUACAACUGAGUAAGCUAGGAGGGGCUUUGAUCAAAAGAUCAUCAUGCUCCUACUGUAUUUCUGGUGGUGGAUGAGUAAUUAUGCUUUUCUUUUCUUUUUUACCACCAAAUGUUUUUCUUAAGCUGACUUGGGGGAGCAGACAAACAGCCCAGCAGAUGUUAGGUUUUUCAGGCUGGGGCUACUGAAUAUAUAUGCUAGGAAUCUGCUGGUAUCUGGAAAGUGCAAUGUUGAGCUUGCUGUAAGAGUUCGGAGUUGAAAUGUAUUGUUUCUAGCAAAGAUUAUGUUUACGCUGUUUAUAAAUGGCUACUGCUGUAUACAUUCAUUUUGUAAAUAUUUUUAAUUUGUAUUACUUGGAGCCCUACAAAAUACCUGAAUCACAAUAAACUAUUUUGACAAAUUA